AUGCAACCUACAUCCAGUAGUCUACCAGUUUGUAAGCUUAGGAGAUUCAACGCGGAUGGUGCUGUCUUUACCCUAGGAAUGGACGAUGCCGCAUUCUCCCUAAGCUCUAACUUCCUGAAGCUAGAGGAUUUCCUGACCAAGAUCCUCCAGGAGAAGGUGCCUCGCAAAUGUAGUGAGUCACUCCUCCGGAAACUAAUAAAUUUACUGAAGCGUGUCUCCAAGGAGACCAAGUGGAUCGAGAAGCGCCAUCGUCAAGCCAUCGUUGCAGUUGUCUUCGAAGCGAACCAGGUGCCCGAGGAUGCCCGCAAAUGGGAGUUGCAUAUUCCGACUCCACCUGGGGAGAUCAAGCGAGUUCUUGCUGCGCCUAUUCCUAAGAUGCGGUAUCCUCUCGUCCCUGGCUUUCAUGAUGCACAGAAGAAGAUGAGGAAGUUCCCCCCAAAACCUAAAUCUCCGGUCUUCUCCAGGCGCAGGAGCUCAAGCACGGUAGUUGGAAACCAGCCACCAUCGUUGCUCAGCCGGAAGACAAAUCACAAGCAACCCUCCGUUCGACAAGUUCUCGAGCGGCGAGAUUCCACUACCUCAUGGCUUUCCGCAGCGUCUUCUUCAACACUGAAAAGCGUGAGAACCUUGAUUGUACUUCCGCUAGCUUCCCUCCUCGGAGUGGGCGUGCACAUCGCUCUGGCGCCCGUCAAGAUGACGGAUGCUGCUCUCAGGACAGUGGGACUCCGUUCUAGGGACUCGGACGCGGAUUCUGACUCCGAAGCGGAGAAUGAGGUCUUUUAUGAUAUGCACGGUAGGAUCUGGACUGAGCAGUCUGCAUUGCUAAGUGAACAGAUAUUUAGGAACGAUGACGCGGACUAGGACGAAAACUCUGAACCCAGAAACGACUCAAUGAAUCUACGACUCUGGCUUAUGACUGCAUAGGUCCUGUCUAGGGGUAAAUUCACUUGAGAUCGUGCACAUUACCAUACUCUACGAUUUGACGCAGGAACGAGGUAUGGGGAGGCGUGCUACAG